CAAUUUCCAAAACCAAGCACAAAGCACACGAACUCCUUUGCCUUCCCUAAUCCCUAUCCUACAUCUGCCUAUUUUAGUGGGGCACUCCAAACGAAGAACCAACAACUUCCCUAACCCAACUACACAACACUAAUGCCGUACCAUCCUACAUAUAUACAUAUUCACAAGGAACCAUGCCCGCAAUUAGCUUUAUUAUAUUUAUACCACCACCAUCAACCUUAACCAUACCACCUCCCUGUACGACAAGACACGACGAUCGAGACACCACCAAAGCCACCACUCUCUACGGAUAUUUUCAUCCCAUCAUCCACCCAACACCUCAACCUUAGAAUUUCUUCACUUUCCGGCGACAAUAAACGUGGAACCGUAUUCUUGUUUUUGGUUUAGCCAUGGACUUGGGUAAGUUUGUAGUGCAAGUGCUAUUCUUUUGCUUUUGCAUGCUUGUGCAGUUAAAUUCGUGCUAUUGCUCCAAGAAGGAAUCAUCAAUACUUUUAACUCUCAAAGCCCAGCACAUAUCUUCAAUGUCCAUCCCCAAGGCGCCCAACCGGGUCGCUUUUCACCAUAAUGUUUCUCUCACGGUUUCACUCACCGUUGGCUCACCCCCACAGCAAGUUACCAUGGUCCUCGACACAGGCAGUGAACUCUCUUGGCUUCACUGCAACAGAACACCAAACACCCUUUCCCUUUUCAACCCACAACUCUCUACUUCUUACUCGCCCGUGCCUUGCUCCUCACCCACAUGCAGGACCCGGACACGGGACUUCACUGUGCCCGUUUCUUGCGACCCGAAAAACCUCUGCCACGCUAUUCUCUCCUAUGCCGACGCCUCCUCCGUGGAGGGAAAUCUUGCUACGGAUACUUUUGCAGUUGAAAAUUCGAGCAUGCCCGGCUUGGUAUUCGGGUGCAUGGACUCCGGUUCGAGUUCUACCCCGGAAGAGGAUGCCAAAACAACCGGCUUAAUCGGCAUGAACAGGGGGUCCUUAUCUUUCGUUUCCCAAAUGGGUUUCCGGCAAUUCUCUUACUGCAUAUCGGGUCGUGACUCGUCGGGCGUGUUGCUCUUCGGGGCAGCCAAUUUUCCGUGGCUUGGGCCGCUGAAGUACACGCCAUUGAUACAAAUGUCUACCCCUUUACCGUACUUCGACCGGGUUGCCUACACGGUUCAACUCGAAGGGAUUAAGGUUUCGGAUACGGUGCUGCCGUUACCGAAGUCGGUAUUCGUGCCCGACCACACCGGGGCGGGUCAAACAAUGGUUGACUCGGGCACCCAAUUUACAUUCUUACUCGGCCCGGUUUACACUGCACUGAAGAACGAGUUCGUGAAGCAAACCAGGGGCGUCCUGAGGUUAUUGAACGAGCCAAAUUUUGUGUUUCAAGGGGCCAUGGAUUUAUGUUAUCUAGUAGAGUUGAGUCGUGCAACUUUGCCGCCAUUGCCUGCUGUAGCGCUGAUGUUUCAAGGGGCGGAGAUGAGUGUUGCAGGGGAGAAAUUACUGUACAAAGUUCCAGGUGCAACGAGGGGAACUGAUGGAAUCUACUGUUUCACGUUUGGGAAUUCCGAUUUGCUGGGGAUAGAGGCGUAUGUGAUUGGGCACCAUCACCAGCAAAACAUAUGGGUGGAGUUUGACCUUGCACAGUCCAGACUUGGCUGGGCAGAGGUUAGGUGUGAUUUGGCAAGUCAAAGGCUAGGCCUGGGUCAUUAGUUUUGACUUUUUAUGUCUUGGUUGUACUUUUAGUUAUUGCUAAUAUAUGAUAGAGUAGCUAUCCCAUUGGGCAUAUGGGAAUGGCUGUAGUAGGUCUAGUUUGAUAUAUUUAUUUAGAUAGAUAUCUUUUACUAGUUUUUUUUCAUUUGUUUUUUUGUGGUUGUGUAAUCCAACAUAGGCCAAUCCCUAGGUUACAUCCUCCUUGGCAUGUAAUUAUGGGAGUACAAUUGUAAUGUGGAGAGGUGACCGAUUGAUAGGACUGUGAUGUGAAGGAGUUUUCAUUUUGACAAACGGAAUCUGCAAUUGUGUGAAAAA